UUCAUUUCUCUUGAAUGGUGGAAAUUCAUCUGAAACAAUGGAGAUUGUUAAAACUCUCUCUCUUAUUGUUUUUUUCAGCUACAUUAAAUGUGAGUCUCUCCAAACAAGUUUGCUACGUGCAGCCAGGCAGCAUGUUAACCACCAGGAUCACCUAGAAGAGAACUUAGGAGUCGCUGCGAGCAUCAUGGUCGCUCAGUUUCUUCAGGAUGCAGCUUAUGGAGAAGUCCAAACCUUAGCUAAAGGCCUGCUGGAUCUUGCUGAAAAGUGUAAGAGUCCAAGGCCACAUGAAUCGCCUACAGAGUGUGCUCAUCAGUUGACGGCCACCUUCCUUACACAUAUUUGCAGCAACCAAGGGCUAGUGGACAACCACGUUCUCACUGACUGUUGUAAGGUGAAAAAUACAGCACGACUCAAGUGCUUUCUGUCCUACAAGAAGGAUGAUGCAGACAGCAGCGACACACCCCUGAGUCCAAGGCCUGAGCUGGCCUGUGAGAUGGCUGAGGAGAAUAACGUGUCCCUGAAGGCGAGGUACAGCUAUGAAACUUCUAGAAGACAUCCAUUCUUAUAUGGACCCACUAUUUUGACCAUGUCUUCUUGCUAAGAAGACCAUCUUCUUGUUCAGUCAUGUUGUCAAGACGAAAAUAAAACAGAGUGCCUGCAGACAAAGUUGGAACCCAUCAGAAAAUAUAUUAGAGGAAUAUCUGUGAGACAUCAUCAUUUAUGUGAAAUCGGGAUCAAAUUCAAUGACAAAGUAGCCAGAGCAGUAGAAUUGACUCUGCUCACUAAAAAGCAACCUAAAGCUAAUUUUUUUGAAAUUGCCAAAUUGACCACAGAUAUUAAAAACCUGCAUGAGACCUGUUGUGAAGGAAACACAAUAGUGUGUGUACUGGGGAGGGACCAGCUUAUGAACUAUACCUGCUCUAACCAGGCCAUUUUAUCCAAGUUCGCCGAGUGCUGUGAACUGCCAGAACCAUUCCGUGGGGAAUGCAUCAUCAACUCGGAAAAUGACGACAAACCCAACCUUUCACCCCUGCCGCUCAGGAGGUUUUCGGAGGACCAGUCUGUGUGCGAACGCUUCCGUGGCCAGCAGGACGACUUCCUGCAAGAGUUUCUUUAUGAAUAUUCAAGAAGACACCUGGUUCCAGUGAUUUUAAGAGUGUUUGCAACAUAUGAAUAUUUACUGGAGAAAUGCUGCAAGUUAGAAAACCCGGUGGACUGCCACAGCCAUGGGAAAGAGAUGCUUCAAAGAGUGGUAUUUGACAGCCGUGACCGUGUUAAAACUUACUGUGACUUGCAUGAGAAGCUGGGCAGUCGUAACUUCCAGGACAGGCUCACAGUCCUGCAUACUAAGAGAGCCCCACAGAUGUCUGCCCAGGAGCUGGUGGUGCUGACGAAGAAGACGGCAGCGGCUGCUAGCAGGUGUUGCCCACUCAGGGCUGAGCGCCAGUCCGCCUGCGUGGAGGACCAGGCGAAGCUGAUUCUCGGAGCUCUGUGCAGAAGGCACGAUGCCAAUCCUGUCAAUGAUGGGGUGGGCGGCUGCUGCGGCGGCAGCUCGUACGCCUUCAGGAAGCCAUGCUUUGAUGACCUGCAAGUCGACGGAACUUACGCUUCUCCACCUUUAUCUUGUGACCAAGUCAUCGGCCUUACAGAGGACUUGUGCGGAGCGCAGGGGGAGGAACUCCAAACUGAAAAGCAAAAGCUCCUCAGUAACCUUGUGAAGCAGAAGCCGAGGGCCGGGCCGAGGGCCGCAGAGGAGGCGUUCCAGUCCGUUGGUGAGGACUUCACUCACCUGGUGGAGAAGUGCUGCCAUGCAGAGAGGAGAGAGAUGUGUUUUCAGGAAGAGGGACAACAACUGAUCACGAGGUGCCAAUACCUCUUAGAGGCCAACACAUCCCAGAGCAUGUUGCUGUAG